CCAUUGGCCGGCGCGCGGAGGGGGAGAGGCAGCGCGGCGCGCAUGCGCAGUUGGGGGGCGCCGACUCCUCCAUCCUUCUCUCGGGCAGGCGGCGGCCGCGGCUGCUGCGGGGCCGCACGGAGCCUUCCCCCCCCCACCCUGCUCGCUAGCGCCUGGGCCGGCCGGGCUCGUCCGGAUAUGGCUCGUGGACAGCAGAAGAUUCAGUCGCAGCAGAAAAAUGCCAAAAAGCAAGCUGGACAGAAAAAGAAACAAGGACAUGAUCAGAAGGCUGCAGCCAAGGCUGCCUUAAUAUAUACCUGCACUGUUUGUAGGACACAAAUGCCGGACCCCAAGACCUUCAAACAGCACUUUGAGAGCAAGCACCCUAAGACUCCGCUUCCUCCAGAAUUGGCUGAUGUUCAGGCAUAAAGUUGUUUACAGGUGAAUUCAUGGCACCUAUUGACUCGUCUACAGUCAGACCUUACAUAACAAAACUGCAGCUGCUUUUCUAACAAACUGUUGAUCAGCAAAAAUGAAGGGGUUACAGAAACAUUCAUAUUUUUAUGCUGUUCCCUCUUGAGCUUCAUGCAAAGACGAUUCUGUGUAAAUGUACAGUUGUGCCCUAUUUGGAAAUCCUGAAAACCAGUCCAUACUUGUUAUAAACAUUUUUUACAAUUGUAAUUAUACUGAUGUUCAUAUUGUGUAAAAUAACUCAUUUAAUAAAGUAGUAUUUUGAUUUUUACAAUA